AUGUCGCUGGCUCGUUACGACGCCAACCUCCUGCUGGCCGCGGUGACCGCGCUCUCAGCGGCGGUCGCCUUCGUCGCGGCGCUCCACCUCUACGCGCGGUGCCUCCUGCAGCGGCGCGUCGCCCUCGCAGAAGGGCAAGGCAGCCCCCACGUGGUCGUGCUGCAGCGGCAGCGCCCGCCGGACGGCUACGUGGUCGAGGUCGUCGAAGGCGCCGGCGUGGGCGGCCAGCAGGCCGCCGGGCUGGACGCCAAGGCGCUGUGCGCGCUGCCGGUGUUCACGUGGGAGUCGUCCGAGCAGGAGAAGGAGGAGGAGGAGGAGGAGGAAGGCGGCGUCGCCGCCGAGCUGCACGGGCAGCAGUGCGCGGUGUGCCUCGGGGAGAUGGAGGACGGCGAGCUGGGCAGGCUGCUCCCGGCAUGCCGCCACGUGUUCCACGUCGAGUGCAUCGACACGUGGCUCGGGGUGAGCUCGACCUGCCGGCAGCAGCACCGCCACAGGCGUUUCUGCUUCAACAGGCAUCAGGCGCGACCUUGUCUUGACGGCCUCGGUGGUGGCGGAGUGCCCCGUGCGGCCGUGGCCGCUAGCUGGCCGUGCUGCCAAGGAAAAGUGCAACAAGAAAAUAAUGUGGCUCGUAUAGUUCAAUCAAACGGGCCUAAUCAGAGCAGCGCUCGAUGA